CGUGUCGUCGCCGUCGCGCAUCGUAGACGCGUGCUCCGUUUCCCGCGUAUGCCGGUCCGCCGUUACGCCCGACGCUGUUCGUGGUCCGCGCCACGCUUUCGUCGUCGGAUUCGUUAGAUUUUUUUCACGUGUUUCGUUUCGCAUCGCGUUUUUUGCGUGUGCGUGUUCUUUUCCGAUCAUCGGCGUUUUUUUCAUUGCGAAUUUUUCUUUCGAUUGUCAGUGCUUACCGACACGCAGUGCCUAUAUAUCGCAAUCGACUUCCACUGCGGUUUAUCUGAAGAGCGAUCACUAGUUUAUGCAUAAUAUAUAGUCGGCCGAAAACGAUUUGACAGAACGUUUGGGUAUCGCAAUAUGGUUUUAUAACAUCGUUUUCUCUGCCUUAUGUUAUGUCCGCAUACAGCGACAAAAUGUACAAAAUCAAUCGACCGCCACUGCUAGAGCAGUAGAAUUUUCAAGGAAGAAAAAUAGUUGAAUAAUAAUUAUUGAUCAACUGCGUGAAUAUAAGGUGACGUGUGCGUUUAUAUAACGAUAACGAAAUCUUGAUCAUCGCGGUUCGAUCAUGCCGCUGUCACCACUGUUUAUGGUGCUGACGAUACCGUCGCCACUGCUGGUACUGAUGUUCUGUAACGCUGCCGCAGUAAGCUCUCAGUUGGCAUGGACACAAAUCUACGUCGGUUCCAACAGCCAAGUGGACCUAUGGACACAAGAAUCACAAGGGUGCCGGUGCAAUCACGAUUUACUUAGACAAGACUGCGCCUGUUGUGUACCACACGGCGGAUGCCAAUGCGGAGCACUAGCGCUGAACCGUUGUGCGCAAUGCGGUUUGGAGCAACAUUGCACUAAUAUGUGCAACGUCACGAUAAAAGCCGAUAUGUUAUUGGCCCGUUCAAACUCGACGUUCGGCCAGAUCAAAUCUCCCGCGCUGUCCGGCCCGAAUUAUUGUUGGUACACGCUGGACCCCGGAUACGACAGACGCGUCGAACUACAAGUGUACAGGCUCGUCAAUGCCGGUCAUUUCAACGGUUCCAGUUGUGUAUCGGGAUACCUAGAAUUGGUGGAUUCUUUUGGACAAGGAUCAGGACCCCGGAUAUGUGGCCAAAAUGAACGGUUAGCACCUCCAGUCGUCAUGUUUGCAGAUAGAGAAUCAGCAGUAUUGAAUUUCCGGAUUGAAGAAGCCACGUCUAGAUCACAAUUUUUGGCAUAUUUUAGUUUUACUUCGUUAACAAAUGUUCAUGGUCUAGCGUUUAGGCCAAAAGGAGGUAGAAGAAUAGAACACACGGUUUGCGAUUGGUUGUAUCAAGAUUUUUCUUGUAACAAAGACUCUUGUACACUUGCAAGCCCUGGGUUUCCGGGAAUUUAUGGUACAAACCUUUAUUGCAAGUACCAUAUUACCACAAGCUCCGUUCACACCCAAGUACGGCUCCAGUUUCUCACGUUAUCAUUACCACUCAACCAUUGUGGAACACAUUACAUAAGCGUUUAUCAAGGACCGACAUCCAACAGUCCUUUAAUAACAACAAUUUGUGACAAGAGCAAAAAAGAUCACACUUUUCCCGGGCCAAACGUGCUGCUUGAGUUCAGAACUGGAGCUGCAAUUCCGCCGUACGACUACACGGGAUUCGUGGCCACUAUCGAGUUCAUCGAUGACGUGAGUACACAAUCAGCUAGUACUGCAGCCACGUUGGAAGUAUCGCCGUAUCCAGCCAUCGCAAUUCAGAGAAACUUAAGAAACGAUCAAUCUUGUGAGAUUACAAUCAAAUCGGCCGAUAUUAAGUCUGGACAUUUUGAUUUACGUGGUAUGCAAAAUUGGAAAACAAAUUGCACUAUUCGUUUUGAGGGAAGGGAACCGGAAAUUGUGCACAUAUCCUUGUUUAACUACGUACUUAAAGCCAGUUCUUGUGAAUCAUUUAUUGAGAUUUAUGACGGACCAAAUAUAAGGUCAAAAGAUAAAACUAAAAAAUUAUGCAGUCCCGUAGAGAAUCAUGCUAGAGAUACAAAUGGAAUGUUUCGUGAAAGACAAAUGUUUGUUUCGUCGGGGAAUCAUAUGACGCUUUUCGUCCGUAGAUUAAUGGCAAACAAUCAAGACGAAGAGACUGAAUUUUUAGAUGGAGCCUACAGUUUCUUUAAUGUAUUAGAAAGAGGGACAUUGCAACCGGAAACUUUAUGUGAUGUUAACUACAAUGGCCGAAGCAGUUCAUCUAGAGGGAAACUGAAACAUCCAGGAACCGAACAAAUAUUUUGGAAUGUCGAAGGACAAUUGAGGUGUUCACAAAAUCUCAUUCCAGCUACCAACCAAAGCAUAAGCAUCAAAGUAAUAUCAUUAAAUAAGAUGUCUUCGGACUUGUGCUACACCGAAUGCGGAGAUGGCGGAUGUCGUUGUGUCAAAAAUGCUACAUCCAUAGUCGAUCAGCUGUACGUCAUAUCGACAAACGAUGACAUAUUGUCUUGCAUUUGUGGUGAUUUUCAGGCCGAAUGGUUACCGGUCACCGUCAAAUCAUGGUCACCCAUAAAAUUGGUAUACUCGGUAUCAAAGUACAGCUGGUCCAACAAGGGGUUCGAGUACUCGGCCGAGUAUUCGUUCAAAGACGAUAUGGUGUGUGGUUAUCGGGUCAUUAACCAACAUACCGGUAUACUUGAAUCGCCAAUAAUGAUCAGAGAUAGUCCACUUAAUUUCUAUUACCAUCAGGAUUGCACAUGGUUGCUGGAUUCAAAUGUCGAACGUCACUUAACCAUAGAAAUAGGAAGUUCACAAAGUCGUCCUUGCUCAGCGUGGAAUAUAAGCAUUCAUGAGUAUUCGGAAAGAUCAGAUGAUAAAGCCGGUCAGGUAUUAUACACAUUCUGCUCCAGAGAAAAAAAUUCAACCAACACAUUGCCGUGGCAAAUGAAUAUCGUAGUAAUCAAGCUAAGAGUAAUGACUCAGACUCCACCUCAAUAUUACAUUAAAUGGAGAUCAGAUGUCGAUCGUGCCAGACUGUCCGGAUCGACGGCCCAUACAGCCGCUGCUAAUAGAUCAUUAAAAUUGACAAAUAAUUGGACAAUAUUAUUAUUUACCGUCAUAUUUUUUUACGUAAAACAAAUGAAAAACAGUUGAAUAGUUGCCAGUAUGAAUAAAGGAUGUUUUACAUACGUAGAUUUAAUUAAAGGUGUCUACAAAUAAUUGAACUAUACACGAUUAUUUUUGGUUGUGACUGUUAGUGUUUAAUUGAUUUCGUGCCAAACUUUUAAGUAAAUGUUUUUUUUAGUAAUGUAUUCAUUUAAAACUGUAGAUAAUCUGAUAAUUUACUGAAUAUUGGCAUAUCAUCAACUGAAUGAUAAAACUAAUAACAAAAUUCUACUUGCGUCUAUAAUUUUUUGUUAGUUUU